UUUUUUUUUUGCCGCCAUUUGCAAGCCGAGUCUCGGCGGGGAAAGGACGGGAAUUGCACCGCGUGGCUCGGUCACCUCCAGCUCGGCGACCCCCCCCCACCCACCCCGUUCCGCCGCUUCUUUUGCAAAGCAACCAAGCUCGCUGGCAAUGGUUUUCCUCACUUGGUCGCUUUGGCUCCGCAGCCCGGUGACCGACCGAUUCUGGCGCAAGCAACAGAUCCUCAAGCAUGCCCUGCAUUUUCGUGGACGGAAGAACCGCUGCUAUAGCUUGGCAUACCGAGCUGUUCGGAGGGCCUUUGUGUAUGCCACCAAGGCCAGGUAUCUCAAAAAGAGAGAUAUGAGGACGCUUUGGGAAACUAGGAUUGAAGCGGCAUCACUGGAGCAUGGUGUGAAGUACCAUAAUUUCAUAAGUGGCCUUUAUAAGUGUCAAGUGGAACUGAACCGGAAAUCAUUAGCCGAUCUAGCCAUCUAUGAACCAAAGACAUUCAAAUCUUUAGCUGCUUUAGCCAAAAGAAGAGGGGAAGAAGGACUCCUUGCAGCCCAGGGAGGAGGAAAGGAACCCGAAGGAAUAUUUUCCCGCCUGUUGAAACAUCAGUGAAGGGGUUGCGCUCCCAAUGAG